CGGGCCUCGGGACGCGGAGCGACGCGGCCUAGCGCGGCGGACGGCCGAGGGAACUCGGGCAGCCGACCCGUCCCGCCAUGGAAAUGGAGAAGGAGUUCGAGCAGAUCGACAAGGCUGGGAACUGGGCGGCUAUUUACCAGGAUAUUCGACAUGAAGCCAGUGACUUCCCAUGCAAAGUAGCGAAACUUCCUAAGAACAAAAACCGGAACAGGUACCGAGAUGUCAGUCCUUUUGACCACAGUCGGAUUAAAUUGCACCAGGAAGAUAAUGACUACAUCAAUGCCAGCUUGAUAAAAAUGGAGGAAGCCCAGAGGAGUUACAUCCUUACCCAGGGCCCUUUACCAAACACAUGUGGGCACUUCUGGGAGAUGGUGUGGGAGCAGAAGAGCAGGGGCGUGGUCAUGCUCAACCGCAUCAUGGAGAAAGGCUCGUUAAAAUGUGCCCAGUAUUGGCCACAGGAAGAAGAAAAGGAGAUGGUCUUUGAUGACACAAAUUUGAAGCUGACACUAAUCUCUGAAGAUGUCAAGUCAUAUUACACAGUACGGCAGUUGGAGCUGGAAAACCUGGCUACCCAGGAGGCUCGAGAGAUUCUUCAUUUCCACUACACCACGUGGCCUGACUUUGGAGUCCCCGAGUCACCUGCCUCUUUCCUCAAUUUCCUAUUCAAAGUCCGAGAGUCGGGCUCACUCAGCCCGGAUCACGGCCCAAUUGUGGUCCAUUGCAGCGCUGGCAUCGGCAGGUCGGGGACCUUCUGCUUGGCAGACACCUGCCUCUUACUGAUGGACAAGAGGAAGGACCCGUCCUCCGUGGACAUCAGGAAGGUGCUGCUGGAGAUGCGCAGGUUCCGCAUGGGGCUCAUCCAGACGGCCGACCAGCUGCGCUUCUCCUACCUGGCUGUCAUCGAGGGCGCCAAGUUCAUCAUGGGCGACGCAUCAGUGCAGGAUCAGUGGAAGGAGCUCUCCCAUGAAGACCUGGAACCUCCACCUGAGCACGUGCCCCCACCUCCCCGGCCACCCAAACGCACACUGGAGCCUCACAAUGGGAAAUGCAAGGAGCUCUUCACCAACCACCAGUGGGUGAACGAGGAGACCUGUGAAGAUGAAGACAACCUGGCCAGAGAGGAAGUCGGAGCCCCCUCAAGUGCUGCGCACAGCGUGAGCAGCAUGAGUCAUGACACUGAAGUUAGGAAACGGAUGGUGGGUGGAGGUCUUCAAAGUGCUCAGGCAUCUGUCCCCACCAAGGAAGAGCUGUCCCCAACUGAGGAGGAACAAAAGGCACAAUGGCCAACUCACUGGAAGCCCUUCCUGGUCAACGUGUGCAUGGCCACAGUCCUGGCAACCGGUGCAUACCUCUGCUACCGGGUAUGUUUUCACUGACAGACUGGGAGGCGUGAGUGUGGGGCACUGCCACUGCCCAGCUUAGGAUUCAGUCUGCGGCGUCUGACCUGGCGUAGAGCAAACAACAGCUCGCAAGCCUGCGCUGGAACUGGAAGGGCCAGCCCCAGGAGGGGCAUCAGUGCACUGGGCUUUGAAGGAGCCCCUGGUCCCAAGAUCAGAGUCUAAUCUCAGGGCCUUAACCUGUUCAGGAGAAGCAGAGGAAAUGCCAAAUACUCUUCUCGCUCUCACCUCACUCCUCCCCUUCCUCUGGUUCAUUUGUUUUUGGAAAAAAAAGAAUUACAACACAUUGUUGUUUUUAACAUUUAUAAAGGCAGGUUUUUGUUAUUUCUGGAGGAAAAAAAAGAUGCUAGGCACUGGUGAGGCUCUCGUGCCGUUUGGCGUGUGAUCAGAUUCACGAUUUCCAUUGAGUUCCAGGGGAAGGACCCCACCGGCUAGGACUGUAAGGUUCCUGCUGGCUUGGGCAACCCCCACUGCACCCUGAGCUCGCAGGUGCCCUGGAGCCCCACCCUGCUGAGAGGACAGCCACAGCACAGGCUGCCUCUGCACAGCAAGCCAGGCUCUGCUUCGCUCAGGUAUCCCCUGCAGUUCCUCCCUCCUCCCUCCUCCCUCUUUGUGACUGCCAUCUGUAAGAUGGCCCUGCCCUCACCACCCCACCCCUGUAUAUGAGUUUCCCUGAGGGUCUUGCCUCGGGUCAUCAGAGGUGGCUGCCAGCCCUAGUGCUGGGGUUUCCAUUUCAUUUGGAAAGUCAUUACUACUCGGUGUAGAAGCCACUCCACUGAGGUGCAAGCAAGACUGAUGGAGGAGGAAGGAGCCUUGUCAUGGAAUCCACUCCCCAGGACCUGUACCAACCUCUGAAACACUCAGUCCUGUUCCAGUGACCAUCCUUAAAGGCAUCAGAUAGGUGAUGUUUGCAGACUGCAAAGACUUUUCCUGAGUGGUGGUUUUCAGAGUCUGGACUCAGAAAACACCACCGAGCGCUUCCCUGGCUGCCUCUGAGGCUGGUGUGGCUGAGGCUGUGGGGAGGCGACCGCUGUGGGUUCCUCCAGGGCACUUGUGUUUGCAGUUGCUGUCCAGCAGCACAGCCAGUGCUCCAGCCAGCCUCUGGGCUGCAGCCCCAGUGGCUGCGGUGGCCCCCAGAGCCAGCCGCCAUGGACGCUUGCUCACUUGGGGCCGCCUUCCCAGGCCAUGCGGCUCCCAUCCUGCAUCCCCUUCUUCGUUCUUCCUGGAGUGGCAAGCCCACGAUCAUGAGGUGUUCGAGGGAGCCUCACGUGUGGCGUGAGGCCCGCCCGCCCGCCCUCCGAGGAGCCACUCUACUCUUAUUUAUUCACUUUGCUCAGAGGCAACCCCCAAGUGAGCACACCCUGAAACUGACGCGUAAGGUGUCCACCUGCACCCAGGACUGUCAGGUACAGUGACAGGUCAGUGCUGGGGUCGAGUGAGGCAGGAGUGCAGGACUGACAGGAUCCACUGUGUGGCCAAUGCUGGGGCAGGGGCAGGAGCCAGAGAGUGUGCAGGAUCAAGGCUGGGCGUUCUCCCAGAGACCUAGAUCCCCUUCCUUUCCUCUGCUUUCCCUGUGAGUUAGAAAACACACAGGCUCCUGUCCUCGUGGUGCCAUGUGCUUGACAUGAGAGACUUAAAUGCCUACUCACUGGCAGGAACCUUUCAUGCUCUGACCACAAGUGGUCGUCGCUGAGUCACCACCGCCACUCAGAGUGACAACAGUACUGUCCAGUGCAGAUGCCGCCUGACUUCUGGCUUCUGGCCUGCCCCACCACGCCCCGCUGGAUCUGACAUUCCACACUCACACCUCAUUCCCUGGACACUAGGCGAGCAGGGCUUGCCCUUCCACCUCUGGGGUCAGCCCCUCCAUUCCGAGUUCAUGCUGUUGUGGAGCAGGCGGGGGCUGGAAGCCAGGCAGCUCGUGAGAAGCACCCUCCUGGGAACAGGAUGGGCAACAGUCCUUAGAGUCUGCCUGCUGUCGUUGCUGGCCUGGGUCACCUUGCCCACCCGGGAGAAACUGAUGACGGUGCUCUUGACUCUUCUGUGAGGGGACUUAACCUCCACAUUGGGUGGCUUUUUUAAAUAAGCGAAGGCAGCUGCAACUCCAAACUGCCUCUUGCCAGCAUUUCACAUUUUGCCUUUCACCCAGAGAAGCCAGCACAGAGCCACUGGGGAACAGUGACGGCCUUGCCUGCAGAACCUGGGGAGGUGGCAGAGCCAGGGUCCAGGCUGGGAGCAGUCAGCAGUGGGCUGUGUCUGGAGGAGUGCGGUGUGUACAGUAGCCUUAGAGGUGGAUAUCCUGGAGAACAGGCGCACUCUGCCCUGUCGCCCCGUUGGAGGUAGCGAGCUGCUGUAUGCCUUAAGUCAAUAUUUACUCAGCAGGGCGUGUUUCUCUCUCUCUCUCUCUCUCUCUCUCUCUCUCUCUCUCUCUCUCUCUCUCUCUCUCAAUGGCCAUAGAAUAAACCAUUUUUACAAAAAUAAAAACCAACAAAAAAGAGUGUCCUGGAAUAGUACCUUUGCAGGAGUGUGGGGUAUCUCAGGGUCUUCUGUGACCUCACAGAACUGUCGGACUGCACCAUUUCCAACUUGCUGUCUCACUAAUGGGUCUGCAUUAGUUGCAACAAUAAAUGUUUUUAAAGAACACA